AUGUUUGCGGCAAGGGCAUUCGGUCGACAGGCCCAUGUUCUCCCGAAGUGGACUCAAUUCCGUCGAGUAUCAACAUUAGAGGGAGCUCCGCACAUUUACGUCUUCCCAAAUGCUGAACAGGCGAAUGGAUCCCACAUCUUAUCACUAUUACCCUCCGAGCCAACCAACCCAGACUUGGCCAUCGGAGUCUCGUCUCAACUACCACCAACCACAGACACCUUCAAAGAGAACCCAAAGUUCCUAAGCAUAGUUCAAGAGGUGUGCUCGCAAUAUGCGCACGAAGACCCCGACGCCAAGUCCCAAGCGCAGGUGAUGGUGUCCGUGGCUGGAGCGAAUCUGAGCUCAGGCGGCGUGUUAGUAACCGGCUCCCGAGGGAGGACCCGCCGUAGCGGAGGCGACUCGAGUGGUGGUGCUAGUGGUCAGGGUGGUGCGGGCUCCGGUGGACGUGGUGGCUGGAUUCAUGUCUCUGACAGCAGACGCCCGCCUGACUAUGGGCGCAUUGCUUGGCCUGAGGAUAUGUUUGGAAGUCUUGAGGUUGAUUCAAAGGGUCAAUUUGUUGGAGAGAAUGGCAACUAUCAGCCAAGUGGCACCUAUCGUAUCAUCACCCGCGAUGGGAUUUUCGGAUUAAGUCCUUUCCUCAGGGAAAAGCUGGUUCAGAAGCUUCGGGAGCUUGAGAAAUGA